AUGCUUGGCUUACGGUUUACAAGUCGCGUGACAAAGCGCUCAUUCGUUUCGCUUAAGAAACCGCUCCAUCUCCCUCCUACAAGUCCUGCCUUUGCCAUAACUAGUCACCAGGUCGUCGAUGAGGAGAGAUGCCCGAACAUUCCCCAAGACUACUACCCAGCAAGACCUGGCCAGACACUUGGGGAUAGCUACCAGUUACUAGCGAAGAUUGGCUGGGGAGCGAGUUCGACCUCUGCGAGUGAGCUACUUCGUAUCGAGCAAACGGUUGCACAAAAGAGUCCCUCACAUACAGGUUAUGCGGUGAUACGCAACUGUCUGGAAAGCUUUGGGCUUGAAAGCUCAGAUAAAACGCAUCUUUGCCUUCUAUAUGAGGCAAUGCGAGAGCCAAUGUCCGAGUUUCAGAAACGCUUCGAGAACCGAAGAAUGUCUCUUCCCGUUGCAAAGGCGUAUAUUGUUUUGCUUCUUCUGGGGCUGCAGUAUUUGCAUGCUGAAUGCAGACUAAUUCAUACUGACCUGAAGCUCGCAAAUAUCCUGAUGACCUUCGAAAAUGACAAAGCUAUCCCUAGAUUCAUCCAAGAACAAGUGCUCAAGACCCCGAUGCAUUACAUGACUGAUCCAGUAACCAAUCGCACCAUCUACCAAAGCUACAAGAGUUUCGGGCCAAUGGACGUUGACGACGUCAGAAAUGUACUUCCCAAAAUAAGCGAUUUCGGGUCGGCGUGGCAGCUUGACAUCGUCGACCCAGAAACAAAGUCACAACACGAACCUGUUAUUACAUACCCUAUACAGCCAAACUACUACCGUGCGCCCGAAGUUCCGCUGGAAUAUCAAUGGUCUACUCAUGGUGAUAAGACUAACCCACUUCUUUCGGAGAUUUGGAACAUUGUCGAAGGCACCGAGCUAUUUACUCAAGUGGAAGAUGCUAAUGGUCGAUAUGAUCCGAAAUCACAUUUGGCAGAAAUGAUUGCCCUGCUUGGUCCACCACCUAAAGAGGUACUCAAGCGAGCAGACCAUAUGUCACAUGUGGAAUACGAUUCCACAAUUAUGAUUGAGAAGGGCAAGCCGUGCAAGAAUGCUCGUGAGGUCUUUGGUGGUCCUUAUUUCGAUGAAGAAGGAAAAUUCCUUCACGAGAAACUGAUCCCAAAUCGGAAACUAGAGGAUACUAUCCCAUCGCUUGAUGACUCGGAAAGAGAGCUUUUCUUGUCAUUUGCUAGGGAUAUGCUCACGUGGGUUCUCUCGGAGAGGAAAACUGCUCGUGAGCUAACGGAGCAUCCGUUCCUCAAUUUCGGUGGAGUUGUUCCUAAAGAUCUCUUGGAGGGGAGCUCUUAG